ACCAAACAACAACAAAAACAUAGGAAUUUCAUCUAAUUAGGUAUUUACUUACCAAAUAACACAGACGUACUUUUCAUCUCAAAAGCAAACUUCCCAAACGGUGAUUUAUGUGAAAAGCUUUCCAGUAAGAUAAACCAAUGACUGCAAUCGGUAGUAUCAGCUCGCCUGACUCGUGUAGUUUUUGCAUGAACCAGUGUACCGGACCGUUCCGACACAUCCUGACCAUCACGGAGGAAUACGAGCAGCUCCUGAAGCCGGUUCUGUUGGAGCUGAAAGCCCCGUCUUCGCCCCCAGGCAGUCAGGGGUAUCAAAGCUGUGACAAAUGUCGCCGAAGAAUCAUUUCCUCGCAUCAAAUUCCGGAAAGUUGCUUCCAGAUUAUGCCCAGUGCCGAAGUCGUAAAUGUCAAAGUGGAACCGGAUGUGAAUUCUGAAUGUUUACAGCCAACAAUUGGCGACGAUGAGGUGGAUGAAGAGGAGCUUCUUCAGCUGAUACCGGAAACAGAAAUGAGGGUCGAUGACGAGUUCGGACAGGUGCUGGUGUUUAAGGGUUUGGACGAUCGGUUGACUGUGGAGGAAAAUGUCGAUAUACAACGGAUUCUGGGUGGAUUUGUGGAACCGGUUCGGAUAGGGAAACGCGGUAGACGGAAAAAAGGAACUGCACCAGUUGAAAAGUCUAGGAAGGAUCGUUGCUUCCCCAUCCGGCAUAGAUGCCCGUUUUGCAACAAGGGAUUCGCGGAUAAAUGUCUCAUGACGACGCACAUUCGAUGGCACACAGGAGAGAAACCAUUCAAAUGUGAACACUGCGGGAAAGGAUUCUGCGAAAAUUCCAAACUCAAACUGCAUCUACGGACUCAUACAGGCGAGCGUCCGUAUCCCUGUCCCUACUGUCCGAAGUCAUUCACCCAGUCGAUAACGCUCAAGAUCCACAUACGGAUCCACACGCGCGAAACACCAUACGUGUGCGACAUCUGCGACCGUGGAUUCACCCAGUCGUACAGUCUGACCCUGCAUCUACGCAACCAGCACAACCAGGUCACGAUAUACCGGGGUCGGGAGGUGGGAGUCCUACCGGAGCUCAAGUGCCAAUAUUGUGGGAAAAUCUACCGGUCGACCAAGAGCUACCAGCUGCACGUGAAGCUGCACAACACGGGGAAGCUGUUUGAUUGCGGACUGUGCGGUAAAAAGUACACCUUUGUGCACAAAUGCAAAUCGGACACGAGCAAGCCCAAGGUCUAUCCGUGCCACAUUUGUGGUCAAGAGUUCAAGCACCAGCAGAGCGUUGUGUAUCAUAUGAGCAGUAAGCACAACCAGUUUGGGUACGAUAUGGAUUGGGCGGAAAAGAAAGAACCCAACGACGGGGAGAUUGUGGGAAGUUAAGUCGUGUGAGCGAGCCGAUUGUAUGCGCAGCAAU